AUGCCUGAACCAAAAUAUGGUAUUGCUAUGGGAGCAUGUACAAUUACUGGGGGAAUGUUCAGCACAGAUUCUCGUAGUACUGUUCGAGGAGUCGAUAAACUGAUUCCUGUAGAUGUCUAUUUGUCGGCCGUUAUAGAUGCUAUAACAAAACUUCGUAAAAAACUAUCUCACAAAAUUUAUGAAGAUCAAAUUAAGCCUCAAUAG